GAGGACAGGCUGGACAGGCUGGACAGGCUGGACAGACGUGGGACGAUUUAAAAAGGACGGAUCGUUUUGACGCUUCGCUCUUCAGGACCAAAACUCUCCUUGUUCAGCUCUCAGUCAUGAUGAACGUUGGAUUCUCCCUCCUGAUGAUCGCAGGCCUCCUGGCCGUCUCUGCUCUGCAGGCGGAUCAAACCAUCCGGCAGUUCCGUUACGUUGGCCUGGCGAAGAACUGGAGCGACGCCCAGACCUACUGCCGGGACAGGUUCUCCGACCUGGCCUCCAUCCUGAACGCCGCCAACGGCACCAAGGCCCGGCAGGCGGCAGGGACCUCCCAGGUCUGGAUCGGACUCUUUAACGGCACCUGGAAGUGGUCCCAGGAUGAGAACCAGUUUCCCCCCAGCAGAAGCGGCUCCAUGUUCACCAUGUGGAGCUUCAACGAGCCGCAGGACCGGAAAUGCACGUUGCUCAGUAAAAGCGGGUACUGGUCGGCCAAGGACUGUGGAGACCUGAACGAGUUUUUAUGUUAUGAUGGUUCCUCUGACAGCAACGUCCUGGUGAAGCAGAAGAUGAGCUGGUCUGAUGCUCAGGCUUACUGCAGGGGAACGCACACAGACCUGACCACCAUCAGAGAUGUCGCCAAGAGCUUCUGGAUGACCACCCUCCUGCCUGACUCCACUUUCAACUUACAGACCCUCAGCAUGAGCCCCCUAGCGGUGGCCUGGAUCGGUCUGCACCGGUCCGACUGGGCGUGGUCCGACGGCAGCAGCGCCUCCUACUGGCCCUGGGCCACCCAGGGCGCUACAGAGCAGACCAACUGUGUGACGAUGGACUCCUCCAGCGGCAGCUGGUUCCAGCAGUCCUGCAGCGACAGAUUCAGCUUCCUCUGCAGCGCCGACGUCGUUCCGUCAGCGGCCAGGGCGCUGAAGAUUCGUCUGGAGGCCGGAAAUGCAGACCUGAACGACGCCGCCGUGCAGGAAUCCAUCCUGCAGCAGCUGAGGACGAAGAUGGAGGAGCAGGGAGUGGCAGAGGAGGUGAAGCUCAGCUGGAGGAUUCAACCUGACGGGAAGGUUUUCCACCGGCAGCAGGAGGAAACAGCGCCCCCUGCCUGCGAGGCGGAAACAUGCCACUCAGUUUAACACGACCACUAAUUAGUUUCUGCUUCUUCUUGUUGGUCUGUGGUGCAACUCUCUGCUAGUCAUUGGUUUGCUAUUAAUGCUAAUAUUACCAAUAAUAAUAUUCAUUCACAGGAUAAAUACUUUGUGAUUGUUGGCAUCAUUUGUUGAAAUAUGUAAGCAAGUCUUUCAUUAAAGCAGGUUAAAAAUGUC